UACGCUUUCUACACGCUUAUUUUCGCUUCUGGACUAUUUUUCACGAUGUUGGGAUGCUGAUAAAAUUCUUAAACAAUUCACACGUCUCUUUUAAAGUUUCUUAAAGCGAUUCUCGUGUAGUUGCGCUCCGUCGUUUCACGUUGCAAGAAUGUUCUCGAGAAUCUGCUUUGUACUUUUAUUGGUGCUUCCAGUCAGUUUUGCCAAAUGUCCCAAAAUCAUCGCCAGAAACCAAUGGACCUCCGUUCCCGCUGGCGACGUAAAUUAUUUAAUUGUACCGAUACCAUAUGUGGUGAUACAGCAUACAGUCACUCCUGAGUGCAAUACACGUCAGACGUGUACAGCUCGUGUUGAUAGCAUCCGCGGACAUCACAUGGACACACUUGGCUGGGACGAUAUCGGCUACUCAUUUUUAAUUGGCGGGGAUGGAAACGUAUACGAGGGAUGUGGAUGGACACGCGAAGGCGCGCAUACAUACGGAUACAAUAAAAAAUCUGUCGGCAUAGCUUUCAUUGGAAAUUUUGAGAAUAAAGCGGCUAGUCAGAAAAUGUUAAACACUGCACAUGAUUUAAUUGAAUGCGGCAAAUCUCAAGGUAUUCUUCGAGAUAACGUACGUGUGAUAGGCGCACGACAGGUGACUGCAACAGUUAGCCCUGGAGAACAACUCUACACGCAGAUCCAGGAUUGGUCUGAAUGGACUAGCAACCCUUAGAUGAGCAUUUGCACGAUACGAAAAUGUCUCGAUCAAAUGGAUUGUUAUAUUACAAAAAAAAAAUAUUUAGUUUUAAUUACUUAAUCUUUAUACCUUGAUGUUGUAUCUCUUUUUCUUUCAAAUCAAACAGGGAUCUUUUUUGGAAAGCUUCAAUUAUUAUACUUAUCACUGCUUAUCUUAAUAUACUUAUCACUGCUUAUCUUAAUAUACUUAUUACUGCUUAUCUUAAUACGCUUCUUUUAAUUCGGCUCUCGCUCGAGCAUCAUUGUGUAGAUCAGGCUUGAGUUGUUUUCCACAAAUAGUAAUUAUUCUAUAUUAUUGCAAUUUAUUGGCGAAAUUAAUGAAGAGUAUGACGAAUAAGUAAGACCGUAAGAAAUAUACGUCAAUAUUCGAGGUAA